CUCGUGCAGCAGCGAUGGCGUCCACAGCAGCGACCCGAGCAGCGGCCGGAGCUGCUAAAGUUGUUAAACCGAUUUUUAGUCGGGACCUGGACGAGGCCAAGCGCCGGGUCCGGGAGCUGUACCGGGCCUGGUACCGGGAGGUCCCGAACACAGUGGCCAUGUAUCAGCUGGACAUCACCACAAGACAAGGACGAGACAAAGUGAGAGAACUGUUCACCAAAAACAAACACGUGACUGACCCUCGUGUGAUUGACAUGCUCGUGAUUAAAGGUAAAAUGGAACUGCAGGAAACUAUUCAUGUUUGGAAACAGAAAACUCACAUCAUGCGCUUCUUUGCGGAGUCAGAGGAGCCGCGUCCAACCGACUUUCUGUCCAAAUUCUACAAAGGUCAUGACCCAUGAACUGUGAAUUCACCUGCUGAUCUUUGUCUUUGUUAUGUCAAAUGUGAGUUCCCCAUUUAUUGUAAAUAUAAACUUAUCACAAUAUCAACAAA